GCGGCUUCAGCAACUUCGAUCGACUGAGGAGCAAGAAAGUGUUAAUCCCAGAGUCCAAGGCCUUCGUGUCAUACCUGAUCGAGUUCCUCAAGAUCAUUCGAACCAACCGCGGCGAAGCCCUGCUGUCUUCUGAGGUCGAUCUUGAUCGCCAAGAGAAAAUCAUCAAGGACGUGCUGCGCAAAGGAUUCAAGGACCGAUGGGUGGAUGAGUUCGGGACCAACCUGGUCACUAUGGAUGAGCACAAAGCUCUGGCACCA